UCUCACCUGUCAAGUUGAAACUCCACGGCUGUACAAACGGUGCACAGGAGCGACAGGUAACUGAAAUUAAAAAAAGCAACAUGGAGUCUCCGGUGAAGGAUUCCCCCGUCAGAGCGGGAUUUCACCGGCUGGAGGUGCAGAAAACGACGUGGGACGUCCCGGAGAGAUACACGACGCUGCGGUCGAUCGGCUCCGGAGCUUACGGGACUGUUUGUUCUGCCAUGGACCAGAAAACAAAGGAGAAGGUGGCCAUCAAGAAGCUGUACCGUCCGUUCCAGUCACUCAUUCACGCCAAGAGAGCCUACAGGGAGCUCAGGCUGCUGCGACACAUACAGCAUGACAAUGUCAUCUGCCUCCUCAACGUCUUCACACCCGACUCCACUCUGGAAAAAUUCCAAACCUUUUAUAUGGUGAUGCCGUUGGUAGCCCAGGAUCUGAGCCACAUCAUGAAGAAGAAGAGAUUAACAGAUCGCAUCAUUACAUACCUGUUCUACCAGCUGCUGAGGGGGCUCAUGUACAUUCAUUCUGCAGGGAUCGUCCAUCGGGAUCUGAAGCCUGGUAACCUCGCUGUCAAUGAGAACUGUGAAUUAAAGAUCCUGGAUUUUGGCCUGGCCAGACAAACAGAGAGUGAAAUGACGGGUUAUGUGGUGACGCGCUGGUACAGAGCACCUGAGAUCAUUUUCAACUGGAUGCACUACAGUCAGACAGUGGACGUGUGGUCAGCCGCCUGUAUCCUGGCUGAGAUGAUCACUGGACAGGUGCUUUUCCCAGGACAUGACAGUAUUGAUCAGCUGAAGAAGAUCCUCCGUCUGACAGGAACCCCCGACUCCUCCCUGGUUCAGAAGAUGCAGAGUAAAGACGCACAGUCAUACGUGCAAAGUCUUCCUCAACAGAAGAAGAAAAACUUCAGGGAGGUGUUCCCAUCCAUGGAGAAAAAUGCUGUAGACAUUCUGGAGGGGAUGUUACAGUUGGAUCCAGAGACCAGGCUGACGGCUAAGCAGGGACUGUCGCACCCUUUCCUGGCUGAGUUUUACGACCCAGAGAGCGAGCCGGACUCAACGCCAUACGAUGACUCUUUCGAGAGCCUGGAGCUCGACGUUGGAGAGUGGAAGAGUCUCAUCCACAUGGAGAUCAUGACCUUCGAUCCUGACAACCCCAGUCAGACAGCCAUGUAGGGCGCCAUGAUGUGCUGCUGCCACCCGCUGUUACAAUGCUUACACAUACGCUAAAGGUCAAUGACACUGUAGAGCUCACGGGUUCUGUUUAAAGGAGAUCAGUCCUGAACUGAGCUACUGAGGUGUAACGUCCAGGAGUGACCUGGCUGACACUCUCCACAUAGUUGCUGUCAUCAUCAGCAAAAUGAUCUGCAGCCAGACCGGACUGCGAUUAAACCACUUCCUUUAUUAAAUCGUCACUGCAAUAACAUAGAGAAAAGUCCACAGCAGAGGCAAUCAUACUCUCUUCGAACAUACUGUGAUGAAACCAGCCUUGAUGCCGUAGUGGUCGAAAACCAUUAUGCCCUUUCAGGAUCACACACCUGACCUCGAUAGGGAUUUUCCUCUCAUGUUUAGCCCACACAUUACAUUUCAAUUAACUGCAUUCAAAGAAACAUUUAAUUUGGCGCUUACACACCAGCCCCUUAUUCUUCCUGUCAGGAUGAUGCAACAAUUCAAACAACAAAUUAAAACAGGCAAAUGUUACAAUACAUCAAAUUAACCCAACUCCAGAACAGACCAUUCUGUAUUCCGAAGAUCGUUUCCCAAAAGUUCUGUCUGUGAGCUUGUGGUCAUACUGGUCCUUUUGCAUUUCAUCCAUUUUGUCCACAGAAAAUCUUUUUUUACCUUGACUGAAGGAAACUUUGCAUUCAAUGCAGCACUGUUUCUAUUCAGUGGACUCCGUACAUUCCACCCCAAAACAGUCUUUAUGGCAUGCAUCCAUCCCUGCAGGUGUAGAUGACCUCCCAAAGUUUAUGUUUUCUGAUAUACUGCUGCUAAAAUGCAUUUUACUCUAGUGCAGCUUCACUUCGUAUGGUGGCCUGUACAGGACAAGAACUGAGUUUAAAGGUGCGUUUUGAUUUGGUGUGAUUAUAUUAAAGUAUAAAUCUAUAUGCAAGAAGACACAGAUUUGAUGCAUGACGUCAAAACCUGUAAGAGUGGAGAAUACAGAGUCUGGAGGUGUGAUUCAGGUGAUGCGAUUGCAUUAAAGUCUUGACAUUAAAGAGUUGACAUUCUUUUGAAGUCCUGAAGAUGCAUUGUAAAUAUUCCAACCAACCUUUAUUCUGAAAACUAGUUUUGUACUUGUCAUGUAUUCUUGCCAACAGUCUUGUCAAAGCAUGAAUAUAUCUACUUUUAUUCAAACAUG